AUGACGGUGCGGAGAGGAAAGAAGCUCAGCAUCUCCAUCCAGGAACACAUGGCCAUCGACGUCUGCCCCGGCCCCAUCAGACCCAUCCGACAGAUCUCCGCCUACUUCCCCCGCCUGUCCCCCACCUCCCCCGGCCCCGUCCCCGGCGGCGUGGCCUCCGGGAUGGGCGGGGCUCACCUGCUGUCUCCUCUGCUGGCCCACGGCCGGCACGGCGGCGUCAGCGGCGGCGGGUCGUUGUCUCUGACCAGCAGCGUGGACACGUCGGUGGAGAUCAACAGCUCCGACAGUGACGACUGCACUGCUCUGGGAACGCUGGAGUUUGAGCUGAGAUACGAGCGGAGCUCCAGUGAACUGCACUGCACCGUGCUCCGGGCGAAGGGUCUGAAGUCGAUGGACUUCAACGGUUUGUCCGACCCGUACGUCAAACUUCACCUGCUGCCCGGAGCCUGUAAGGCCAAUAAGCUGAAGACGAAGACGAUCCGUAACUCUCUGAAUCCGGUGUGGAAUGAAACGCUCACUUACGUCGGGAUCACAGAAGAAGACAUGCACAGGAAGACGCUCAGGUUGACAGUGUGUGACGAGGAUAAGUUGACUCAUAAUGAGUUGAUCGGAGAGUCCCGGGUUCCUCUGAAACGAGUGAAACCCGACCAGACGAAACAUUUCCACACCUGUCUGGAGCACCCCCCCCCGCUCCCCUCUCCGACCGCGAUGGGUGAAGCCCUUCGAGGAAUAUCCUGCUACUUAAGAGAGCUGGAACAGUUAGAGCAGCUGCACAGCCUGGAGGAGAGAGGUCGUCUUCUUCUCUCCCUGCAGUUUCUGCCUCCGCUCAGCCGUCGUGGUGGAGGUCUCUGUGUGGGAGUGAAGCGAUGCGCCCACCUGGCAGCGAUGGACGUCAACGGGUUCUCUGACCCCUACGUCAAAAUAUACCUGAAGCCCGACAUACAGAAGAAAUCCAAGCACAAAACAUCAGUGAUUAAAAAGACCCUCAACCCUGAAUUCAACGAGGAGUUUUUCUACGAGAUCUCGCUGUCGGAACUCGCCAACAAGACUCUGGAGGUGACGGUGUGGGACUACGACCUGGGACGCUCCAACGACUUCAUAGGAGGCGUCUGUCUGAGCUGUCACACGCAGGGCGACGGCCUCCGUCACUGGAUGGACUGCCUGAAGAACAAGGGCAGCCGGGUGGAGCGGUGGCACAUCCUGACCAAUGAGCUGCCCCGAACCCUCAGCCACGACUAACCCCGGCAUCCAGGGGUCACGUGGUUUAACCUAGAGCCUCUUUUCUGGUGGACGAACCGGAGAGCAGCUGCACCACAAGAAUCAGCAGUGAAUGAGAGCGUUUGAUAGCGAGAGCCGCCAUGACGGGUGGAGAAGCAGCGUGAUGUUGUGUGCCUUCAUCAUUCAUCGGUGAGUCAUCCUCAAAAAGACGCUCCAUCAUUAGCACCAGCCUUCAUAUAUUGGACCGACGGGGUGGAGCUCACAAAGAUUGAAGAGAAACCACAGACUUGUUCUUGAGAUGCAAUUGCAUGUUUGUUUUCUAACAUAAAGAUCUGUUUUGUAAAUGAAGUAAAAUAUCUAAUUUCUAUUUCAGACUUCUGGUGUCAUGAUGCCGUCUGUGCAUGUUACAGUCAGAAUGGCAGUUUUUAUUUCUUUGUCUAUAUAAAUGAUGUUUCCAUUCAUUGUCAAGAGAUUUUUUUAAAGUGAACCUUUUGAAAUGUGGCAAAAAAUAAAUGUGAAUUAU